AACCAGGAAUGCUGCCUAUGGCGAUACCGAAGUGUGGUGAAUCUACACGGUCACAAAAAGGAGGUCAUCUUUCAUAGAUGUAUCGGAAAGGUCCCAGUAGAGCAGCACAGCUUCCCUUUCAUCAGUGAUUCCCAUGAAAAAAUUGCUCGACAAGGAGGGCUGAGCCGUCGGCUGUUCGUUCCUGUGCCAAAUGUGAUCCAUAAGGACUGUCGCGAAAGCCGUUUCCGACUCUUUCAGCUCACCAUUGACGAUCCAAAGCACGGAAGAGUCAGCAAGGUCCGUAAGAUUUCGCCUUUCGUGUGA